CCUAGCUCACGCCCGUUAGGCAGUCCGGUUCCAAAUCGAAUGCAAACAACUAACCCGGUUCACCCGGGCCAUUAAUCGAAUUCCCCUCAGUGGGCUGAUAGUGGCAGGUGAUAAAUAGCCAAUUGUAGGUCAGAUCAAAGACCGCGUGAUCAUUGUUUUCCUCUGUUUUUUUGUCCGUUUUUUUUUGUCCGUGGAUAUAAACUGUCGAGUCGAAUGACCUCAACACAUACCAAGAAGCUUGUUGUGAACCGUGUUUACAUGUCCGUUUGAUUUCGCUGUUACGAGAGUCAAUGAAUUCUUCAGAUUUCCACAAACCGUCAACAAGAAACUGCUUCAUGAAGGAAUAAAGAAAUGAAAGCUGCCUUCCAAGACCAAGAGGGAUGUCUCUGAGAUGUGUUCCAGAUUCUUGUGUGCUUAAAGUAAGCAGAGCAGCGAACUUCUGGCAUACACAAGGUCAACGAGCAGCAUCACUUCCAUUGUCUUCUCAGCAACACCCUCCUUGUAGGUUUGAUGUCCGAGCAGGCCUGAGCCACAAAGUUGGCUUUCUCAGCUGGAAGUAUACCCACAGCACAAAAAGUAGAAUUCGCAAUAAGAUAUGGCUCUCCAGAGCUAGUCAGAUAAGACACAGGCUUGGUCUCCACACCAGCGCCUACUACUUAAAUACAUCCACCUCACGCUGGUCCACUGGUCUCAGCCACACCAUGUCGCGCUUCAGGAGCACCCUGGACUCCGUCUCCAAGGCGGUGAGCGGGUCACACACUGAGCUCCUCUCCAAGAUAGCCCGGCUCAAAGCCAAACCCAAACAGAACGCCAUUGAGGCUGGCAAAGUGUUGGAAGCCAGCCCGGAGAUGGGGCUAACACCACAGGGUCAUGGUACUGUAGGGUACCCAGCCCCAGCUCUAACCCCAGCUCUAACCCCAGCCCCAGCUCUAACCCCAGCCCCAGUUCCUGCCUAUACCUCCGCUAACAUCACUGUUAAUGCUAAUGCUGCUACACCUUCUCCAAUCCCUGCCUCGGUGUCUGCCCCUAGUCCUCCACCUACUACAGCCACUGCUUCUACACCCACACCUACUCUAUCUCCAACACUUACACCUACUCCAUAUCUUACACCUGGCCCUACUCCUGGCAUUACCACCAGCGCCCCUCCCAUUGCCACCCCUCGCCCCAACAUUGCCAGGGCAAAUGCUGCUGUCUCAGGCCCCAGUAUCCAGGAAGUCAGACAGAGGGUGCAGCGUGCAGCAUCCACUGUCCCAACCACUGUGGCCACCAACGGGACCACCAAAAGGCUGGAGCAGGUCAAAUCACCACUACCAACAGAGAGUAGUGCACCUGAGAGAGCCACCACCACAGUCUCCCAACAGACCACAACACAACUCUUCCAUCCCAGCUCCUUCUCUGUUAACCUGGAUGAGACAUACAACUACCUGUCCCACCACGUGAACUCGUACUUCAGCAGCAUAACAAAGUCUGAUGAGGAGAAAGCGCAAAACACAGACCGUGGUUCCACUGACCUCCUGCCGAUGUCAGACAAAAUGUCCUCAGGGUCUGCUGCUGCACCCGUAAGCUCCCCAUCUUCUAAAAAGGGUAUCGGCCGUUACCUAUCCUACUCUGGUGACACUGUACAGGCCUUUGUAGGGAGCUACAUUGCUCCCCUGGUCCCCAGGUUCAGCAGGGCGGCUGCUGAACCCAAGAGUGCUGCUGUAGAGCAGAAGAGGCUGAAGGCAGAAGAGGCAGGGGCAAAGCCAUGGCAAGGAGAGGUGGCGGUGAAUACGGAACAGAAGGCUGCAGAGGAGAGGGCCAAGAGACUGCUGCUCCAAAGAGAGAAGAUCAUAGCUAGGGUGAGUGUGGAUAACCGGACCCGGUCCCUGGUCAAGGCGUUAAACCGAGCGUCUGAUGUCAGGGUCUACAUCAACAGAGUGGAGGAGCUCAGCUAUCAUCUACUGGAGUUUCCAGAGACCCGCGGCGCGGCUGUCAAGGAGAAGGCGAUCCCMUGCCUACUGCGUCUCCGCCAGGCUGAGGACCCGUCUCUGAAGGCAGCAGUCAGGGAGGCCCUCACUCUGGUGGGAUACACCAACCCUGUCAAGGGCCAGGGGAUCAGGGUCCUGUCCAUCGACGGAGGGGGAACCAGGGGACUGAUUGCCCUUCAGACUCUGCAGAAACUGGAAGCCCUGACGGGAAAACCCAUCUACCAACUGUUUGAUUACAUCUGUGGUGUCAGCACAGGUUCCAUUCUGGGCUUCAUGCUGGGUGUAUUCCAGAUCCCUCUAAAUGAGUGUGAGGUGCUCUACAGGAAGCUGGGUUCUGACGUCUUCAAGCAGAACGUCAUCGUGGGAACCGUCAAGAUGGGCUGGAGCCACGCCUUCUACGACUCCGAGACCUGGGAGAACAUUCUCAAAGAAAAAAUGGGCUCUGAUCUGAUGGUGGAAACAUCAAGAAACCCCAAAUGCCCAAAGAUGGCAGCAGUGAGUACCAUCGUGAACAGGGGCACUCCUCUGAAGGCCUAUGUGUUCAGGAACUACAGCAUGCUGCCAGGGGUCAGGUCCCACUACAUAGGAGACUGUAAACACAAGAUGUGGCAGGCCAUCAGAGCCUCCUCCGCCGCCCCAGGGUACUUCCAGGAGUUUGCCCUGGGACACGACCUUCACCAGGACGGAGGUCUCCUCAUCAACAACCCCACAGCGUUGGCCAUCCAUGAGUGUAAAUGCCUGUGGCCCAACACCCCUGUCCAGUGUGUGGUGUCGCUGGGUACUGGCCGCGUGGAGACGGCUGGCAAAAACAACACCACGUACACCAGCCUCAAGACCAAGCUCACCAACGUCAUCAGCUCUGCCACCGACACAGAGGAAGUCCACAUCAUGCUCGAUGCCCUCCUUCCACCUGACUCGUACUUCCGCUUCAACCCUUAUAUGAACGAGGACAUCGCCCUGGAUGAGAGCCGUGGUGAGAAGCUGAACCUGCUGCAGGCCGAGGGCCUGCGCUAUCUGGACCGGAACCAGGAGAAGCUGCAGAAAGCUGCCCGGAUACUCACCAGGGACAAGACCACCGUCCAGAGGCUGACGGAGUGGGCCAAGCUCAAACARGACAUGUACGAUGGUAUUCCCAUCUUCAACUCCAAGCUGUAGAGGAGUAGGUCCCAGACUCCACCACCACACAACACUAACUUCACCUAACACUGAAUCAUACAUAGAAUAAUAUAAUGUAUAUGUUAGUCUCUGUGGUUGUAGACAGUGUAUUUUAGAUUGGUAGAAUACGUUUAUUGUUGUGUUUUUACUGCACCCAUGUAUGUGUUACUGCACCCAUUUGACAGUGACUGUUCGUAUGCUCUGGCAGCACUUGGAAGGAGAGCGAGGUCUGGCAACAUCAACAGAAUGUUUCUUAUUAUCAUACUCUGUAAGCCAGAGUAGAUAACUUACCAAUACCCCACUAAUAGAUCUAUAUAGGGCUCUGGUUAGAAGUAGUGCGUUAUAUAGGAGAUGGGAUGCUAUUUGGAACACAACCGGUUUCCUCUUCUGACGACUGGACUGACUGUUCUCCAAUGAAGCACUUUUUCACCUUUUAAAAAGAACAAAAGAUCACAACCAUUUAUAUCCUGACACUGUAUAAGAGAUAUAUCUGGGAUAUAUUUUGGAUUUAAAUAGUUUUUCGUUUUUUAAUUUUUGACUUGAACCUAAUCUGCCACCAAUAACUUAAUUUUAAGGGUUAGGACCAUAAACAAACAUAUACCAUUUUGGGGGGGGGAGAAUAACUAUCUUGUCAUGUCCAACGGUUGGAUGUCAAGGUUUUACUUGAAUGUAUGCCUCAGAGAAAGAUUAAUGGCUGGUCACUUGACAUUUCUGUUUCUAGUACUUUUUAACACCAAUGCAGCUAGUGGUCCUUCAUUUGAUUGUUUUAAUGUUGACGGUGAUAUUGGUAAAUACAUCAGGGUACAACUUUUUGGACAUAUACUAUAUAAAUUGUUUAUUAAAAAAUGUACCAUGGUAUUUAGAGGAAGAUGUUAGCCACUGACCUGGCUAGUUCGCACAUACGGCUGCUUUAAAUCAGAGUAGAGUCCUAAUCAGGAUCUAUGGCUUAUGUAGCCUAUAAGCUGAAAAAUGUUCACUCCUCUCUUGUUUGAUUUUAAGAAUGCGUUACAGAACAAUGACUUGACUGUUGUAUUACUAUUGUGAAAUUGUAGAUAUAGUUUGAAAUGCAUUAAGAUUUAAAAUGCUCCUGAAUGAAGUCUUUUGACGCUGUUUAGAUUUAAAUCCAUGCUGCUUUUGUUUUUUUUGUUUUGUUUUUUUGCUUAGAGUAAUUUUUAUCCGUCUAUAAUUUAUUUGCAUGUGCGAUGCUGAUGUUAUGCAUCCACUAAUAACAGGUUAGGAACACUUUCCUAUCUCCAAUUUGCUGUUUUCCAGACAUGGGUUCAAGUACUAUUUAAAACACUUAAAWAAAUUGAACGGGAUCUUUAGCACAUACAAAUUCAGGACGUAUUUUACGAAUUGGCUUUCGUUACAUAUUCUACGAAAUGGGUGCUGUUGUUGUACACGAGCGCUACUUUCAAAACUACUGGCUGAAUUUACACAAAACCUUGUAUAACGCAUUUUUUAAGCUGUGCUUGAUUGAGCUUGCAUGGCACAAUAGAACCAAUAGGAUAGUCCCAAAAUGGCAAACCCUGCCCACCCACACUCCAGGAAGGCUAAAGCAAAUGCUCAAAAUAUUUGAAAGAUUUCCAAUAGUAUUUGAACCCAGGUCUGUUAUCUCCAUCCUAGCUACCCUGAAGUGCUGUUUCCCCUGUGCUAUGCUAUUGUCUGCCAUGUUGUGGUAUUAUUACUGUUAGUUUGAAUCAUGCCGGUGUAGCAGAGGGAUUGUAUUCUAUUAUAGGCUGCUGCUUACUGCACUGCUACUGUUGCUCAGGAACUGUUACAGUAGUGCUGUGGCAAGUGAAUGAUGAUGACAUAGCUUAAAGAUCUUACACAGCAUAGACUCAUUUCAACUGUCAAACCUGAGUCCUGUAUUCAUCAAGCAUCUCAGAUUAGGAGUGCUGGUCUAGGAUCAGGUCCUCUCUCCAGAUAAUCGAAUUCAUUACGGUCAGAAAGUCAAAUGAUGAUCAGUAGUCUAUAGUACCCUACCAAGCAAGAAGGCAGUAACUGCUCAUCUGGUCGCAAAUUAGUUAGUCAUUUUUGCUACAUUAAACACGUGCUUAAUCAUGUGGACAAGUAUCCUGCCUCUGUGUUUUGGAGAAAAUGGCGGU